UCAGCCAGAGCCCACGCACUGUGCCCAAGCCGGGCACACCCCACGCCACUUUACAGAAGUAGAAGUGAGACCAAGAAGCACACUUUCAGAUGCCCACCUGGGGGACCCUGCUCCUGCUCGGGGCCAUGGUGGAGGCCGUCAGGGACUGUCCCAAGCCCUGCACCUGCCAGCCCCUGGAGACCAUGGGGCUGUGGGUGGACUGCACGGGCCAGGAGCUGACGGUGCUGCCCACACUGCCUGCUCACACCCGCCACCUCCUGUUGGCCAACAACAGCCUGCACAAGGUGCCCCCAGGUGCCUUUGACCACAUGCUCCAGUUGCAGACACUCAGUGUGGCACACAACCCCUGGCACUGUGACUGCAGCCUCACCUACCUGCGCCUCUGGCUGGAGGACCACGCACCUGAGGACCUGCACCUUGUUCGCUGCGCCAGCCCCGGCCCAGUGGCCGACCGCCCGCUUGGCCAGCUGACUGGCUAUGAACUGGGCAACUGCGGCUGGCAGCUGCAGGCCUCCUGGGCGCCCCCCAGCAUCUGGUGGGACGUGGCACUGGUGGUCAUGGCCGUACUAAGCCUGGCACUCCUGGCUGGCCUGCUGUGCAUGACUGCAGGGCCCCAGCACUGA